AUGUGGUGCGUUGGCCUCCAGCAGUUGCCAUAUCUGCUGACCGACGUCCAGGAAAUCAUGCCGUGGGAGUGUCGCGACGUAGAGGACCAGGCUGAAGCAUAUUACAAUCACCCGCUUCGAUCCAAGAACAAGGCGCUUGCCGAUGAGAACGCAAAACUGAAGAAGCUUCUCCGCGACAAUGGUAUCUCCUGGUCACCCAUCUCUGCGGCGUACCAAAACCAGGGCCCUGCUGGUCGGCGCACACGUUCAUCCAUCAGCUCCGAGACUCACCAGUUUCCGUAUCUGCCAACCGAAGUCUUGCUGCGCAUCCUCAAGUACUCGUUGACAUGCAAAGACCCCAUCAUCGACCCUCUGUCGAAACUCAAGCCCGAGAACCUGACCCAUCAUGAGAGGAACCGCAGCAACCAAAUCGCCAUACACUUUUUGGCAACAUGCAAGGCCAUGAACGGUGAGGGCAGUCGCAUUCUGUGGGGCCAGAACUCCUUUGUCUUCACGACUCCCGAAUCCGUCCGCAACUUUGCCGAUCUGGACUUUGCGUACCGUAAAAACAUCAAGCAUGUCAACUUCCGCAUCAUUGCCCAGUUCUUCGAUGACAAGAAGCGCAAGCACAAGCUCGAGCGGUCUUACCAUCCCCAUCUCAAAAACGAUAUCACUCUGCGGACAAUUCCUCGCGUCAACGAGCAUACCUACGCCCGCGGUGGCUUCCGAUGCUAUUCCUGGGGCCAGGUGACUGAUUUUUUGCGCGCUCUCCGCCCCCCCUUCGAUCCCAAGCACGACAAGAGACUCGUCCGCCCGAGACUCUUCCCCGGACUGGAGUCUCUCAGAAUUGAUCUUGUGAAUUUCUUGGACGAUUUCUUGCCCAUGCCUGGCAGCGAUCUCCACGACAUGGCUUCUCACGAACUGGGUUGCUCGCUCAACGAGCUGCAGGUAACUGGCUUACCCAUUGACGACGCAGGUAGCAAGGCGACCGCCGAGCUCACCGGCCUCUUGCGCGACGAAGGUCUUUUUCUUGCCGGUCUUCCUUCUUUUGUACAAUGGAAGAACUCCUUGAAGCCCCUUUCGGGUAUCUCUAGCUGUGCUCGUGUUGUUCGGGCAUGGAAGACGAUGAAGUCGAAGAAAGGCAACGACGGUUCUUCUGACGACGAGAUUGACUCGGACUCGGACUCUGAUAUAGGCCAUCACCACCCCCGCGAACCUAUCAUGCCGCCUGCGCCUCAGGAGACGGGUCAUCCCAAGUCAUUACCCAACCGCAAGGACCUAACCAUUUGGAAAAAGGUCCCCAGGUCUCGCGAUGACGAGGUACGUCAGUGGACCGAAUUCUGUCGUACCAGUGGCUACGCCAUGGAGGAAAUUGAAGAUUUGAUGGGUGAGGAUGAUGAGCUUGGUGUCUGCCCCUGCUGCGGCGAGCCUCAUCCUAGUCUUCUUGAUCUCCUCGAACUAGAGGAGGAUGAGCUUUGA